CGUUCCUAGCUUUCCUCUCUGACCUGCACUGUGGCUUCACUAUGUGGUAAUAUUGCCUUUAACUGGUUGUUUUACCACUUGCAAACAUUUUAUUCUUUGGAACCGACGCUGCACAUCUGCUACAAGUUAUCCCACUUAGUAGCUGGAAAUAGGUUUAUGGUUUUAUUUUAGCUUUCACCAAAACAUGGAAAAAGAGCCGGAGCUAGGCUGCGGCUGCCAUUUUGGGUCGAUGAAAACGUAUUAAUUCAUUCUAAUCAACGAAACCCAAAUGAGCUGAAGGGCCACAGCUGGGACCAUUGUUUCAUUUGAGGGCCAGAUAUUUCAGGAAAAGUAUGUGUAAUACUACAGUGAUGUUAUUCUUAAUUGACCAGUUUAAUGAUUUGAAUGAAUCAAAAAAAAAAAGAAAAAAGAAAAGAUGUUGUUGUUUAAAUCUAGUCAUGGACCACAUGAAGGGGAUUCGUGAGCUGGACGUGGCCCCGAGCCAGGUGUUUGAGUCUGUACACACGUUAUUUCACUUUCUCUUGUGUUGCUUAUGUUUAACUAAAGCCCACCCUAAUGAAAUUGAUGUUUAAUACCAUACAUCAUAGCAGAUCUCACUAAACCUGACCUAAGGCCUGUUUAGUGAGAUCUGCUAUGAUGCAUGGUUUAGGGACAGCGGCUGUGUCUAAUAGACCAAAGGCUAAGUUGGAAGAGCAGGAGAUGAAGAUGCUGAGAUCUUCACUGGAAGUUAAGGUGGAGCAGUUUGAAGACGGUAUCAUGUUACUGUAAAAUACUUAGGUAUUUCUUGUAGUGGGUAAACAUCGACGCAUCAAAUAGUCAAUUCUCCAUGGGUAUAAAUAUAAAUAUAAUAAUAAAUGUAGUCAUGUUUUUAGGGGUGUUAUAUAGGGGGGGGGCAAUGUCAUUCCAUGCCCCAGAAUUCUUGGCAGCACCCCUGGAUGUAAGAGCACAGGUGGCAAGAGAUUGGCAAACACCGCGCCUGCAGAGAGCAGCUAAAAAAAAGAAUAUGCAGAAUGUAAUUAUUUUCUUUAUGACUCAUGUUUAUUUUUAAGAAAAAAAUAUGCACAUUAGCCCUUUUUAACACACACACUCAGUGACUGAAUGACAGCUGCUGCGUUCCCUCCCACUCCUCCAACUCCCAGACAAGAGUUGCAGGAGUUGAUCGUGAACGCACCACCACCACCACCAUCAUCAUCAUCAUCAUCAGCGUCCGUUGGCCGAGAGCACAGCUGGAGCAGGAGGCGCGGGGUAGUAACCGCCACAGCCGCAGUCUGAGUCUCACUCCUGGCGGCUUGACAGCUCGCAUGAGCCGCUGCGGCUGACGGGAUGGAGAACACGAGCCGUGGACGCGGCGCCGCUGCUCGCUUUGCGAUCGCGCGGAGCGUGAAGUUCCUGCGCGUCUUUUGACAGAAUCCAGGCUCGGUGUGCGGUGCCAAACCGCCGUGUGAUGUGUGAACAGACAGUUUUAUAGAGACGCGCACUCAACAGCAGCUGUUCAGUGAGAUGUUUGAUUUCCACGUGGAUGCGAGUGAGGUGACUUUUCUCCACGGAGCGUGACUCGGCGCGGAGGAGACCAUGCGAACCCGAUUUCCAAGCGUUGCUGUUCCCCCUGACCGUGCGCAACGCACCGCCGCCCGCACUCACCGCCACUGACCGCCACCGCGGCGGAUCUCAGUCCAGAACCAUGUUUAUCGUCUGGGUCCCGGUGAGUCUCCUACUUGGCUUCAUCAUCUCGCAGACGUGGAGCAUUCAGAUGUCGUGGGACAACUGGAAGGCUGAGCAGCACAACCGAGGAAACGAGCUGCACAAGCCCAGCGGCUCCCAGCCGCACAUCGUCUUCAUCCUGGUGGACGACCAGGGCUUCCGGGAUGUCGGAUACCACGGUUCCGAAAUCAAAACCCCGGCACUGGACCGACUGGCAGCGCAGGGAGUGAAACUGGAGAACUACUAUGUUCAGCCACUCUGCAGCCCCUCCAGAAGCCAGCUAAUGACCGGCAGGUAUCAGAUCCACACCGGCCUUCAGCACUCUAUCAUCCGAGCUACCCAGCCCAACUGUUUGCCCCUGGAAAAUGUCACCCUGCCCCAGAAGCUCAGGGAUGCUGGAUACUCCACCCACAUGGUGGGCAAGUGGCACCUGGGCUUUUACAAACGCGGCUGUCUCCCCACCCAGCGUGGUUUUGACUCCUUCUUUGGCUCCCUGCUGGGAAGCGGGGAUUAUUACAGCCACUAUAAAUGUGAAGGGCCUGGCAUGUGUGGUUAUGAUUUGUAUGAAGGGGAGGAGGCGGCUUGGGAACAGGACCGUGGCUUGUACUCCACUGUGAUGUUUACCCGUAAGGCUAUCAAUAUUUUAGCCAAUCACGACCCCCACAGACAGCCUUUGUUCCUGUACCUAGCCUAUCAGGCAGUACAUUCCCCUCUUCAAGUUCCUGCCCGCUACCUCGAGCGCUACAAGGGUAUUCCGAACUUGAAUCGUCGUAAAUAUGCUGCCAUGGUGUCUUGCCUGGAUGAAGCUAUCCACAAUCUCACCGUAGCCCUGAAACGCUACGGUUACUAUGACAACACUGUCAUAGUGUACUCUUCAGACAAUGGAGGCCAACCAUUGGCUGGUGGAAGCAACUGGCCCCUGAGAGGGAGCAAAGCCACCUACUGGGAAGGGGGCAUCAGAGCGGUGGGAUUUGUUCACAGUCCUCUGUUGGUGAACAAAGGUACGAAAUGUCGGUCGUUAGUCCACAUCACUGACUGGUUCCCCACGCUGGUGACCCUGGGUGAAGGGACAAUAGAUGAACAUCUAAAUCUGGAUGGAUACGACGUGUGGGAGGCCAUCAGUGAAGGCCUCCCAUCACCUCGGCAGGACAUUCUGCAUAACAUUGACCCCAUCUACAUCAAAGCCAAGAACGGCUCCUGGAAGGCUGGCUACGGCAUAUGGAACACAGCCGUUCAGGCGGCACUCAGGGUGGGCCACUGGAAGCUCCUGACAGGUGUUCCUGGUUACAGUGACUGGGUGCCACCACAGACUUUCUCCUACCAGCGGCUAGCCACUCGUUGGCACAACGAGCGCGUGCGUUGGGACCGGGGUAAAUCCCUGUGGCUUUUUAACAUCACAGCCGACCCGUAUGAACGCGUGGACUUGUCCCAGCGCUUCCCCCACAUAGUGAAAAAAAUGCUAAUGCGUCUAGCGCAGUACAACAAGACAGCGGUUCCCGUGCGCUACCCAGCUAAAGACCUGCGUUCUAACCCUCAGUACAAUGGGGGCGUUUGGGGACCGUGGUUCAAAGACGAGAGGGAAAGGCAGGAGGAGGAGGAGAGAGACAAUCAUUUGUUCAACAAUCACAUCGGGCACCGUAGGUGGAAGAAGAAAUCGAAGAACCGGAAGUUGAAACGGAGGGUAGAAUAAUGAUUUGCCCCAUUUGUGAAAGACUAUAAUUGUAUUUUCUCAGGGAUUUGUUAGAACAUUGAACUCUAGUUGUGCUUAACGUCGCUCACAUUUUAUACUGUACAACACUCAAAAAAGAUGGUGCUUUGGAACCGCCUGAAAAAAAAAAAAAUCCACUAGUUCAAACACUACUGUUAUGCCCAGACACAGCUAAAACCUCAUGCUAUUGUUGGGGGCAUUUAAAGAAUGUUUAUUUUUCUAGAUUGUGUUGCAUGCUUGAACUCUUGUCACCCUUGAAUCGCUCUGUAUUCGGGAGUCCCGUAGAGUAGAUCGGUGUUUGUUGACGGUUGCCAUAGAUUUUGGUGACAGAAAUAAAGACGUAGUUCUAUAGUGUUUUGUUGUCUUCGGUCUCCAGACAGAUGUAGGAUUUAUGUGAUAUGUGAAUUGAUGUGUGUUGCUUUUUAUAGGCCUGAGCUCAAGAAUAAUAGGUUCGGUUUCCUCUUUCAUUGACGUCUGGUCCGGCACCAGGCCAACCUGAAUGUAUUACCAACUGACGGAAUAAAACUCAGACGCGUAGGAUUCCUCGACUCUCUCGCUAUCUUACAAGCUCUGUCUGGCUUUUCUUUCCAGAUCGAAAAUACCCACGUACCUAGACUUGAUUUAUCAUCUUAAUAUGCUGAGAUAUGUCCGUAAAGAACAUACAUUGGUGGAAAAUACCACGUGGUGGGAUUUUACAUGUGAUAAAGACGUAAUUGCUUUCAUCUCUUUAUCACUUUUGGUUUGCGGUAAGUGAUUAAGCUGUGCUGGGAAAAAAA